AUGAGAACCUCUUCUUCUUCAAUGAAGCUGUUCUUGUCUUUGCUUCCUCUUAUUCUUGUUGCAGUUGUUGUGAUUGUUUCUGUGAUGAGUCCAGAAGAGAGAGAAAAGAUUGUGGACUUGAGAUCUGAAGCGGUGGUGGAAGUGGUGGGUGGUGACAAUGGUUUUCAUAUUUCUUCUUCAACACCGUUUCUUGUUGAUAGUAUACAAACACUUCCACAAUCUAACGAAACAGAAGUUGUCAACAUUUCCAAGCCUUGGGUCAAAAGUACUGUCCCAUUGAAUGAAACUUAUGUGCCUCAUUCAAGAAAGCUCAGCAUCUUAGAUAGAACAGAAGCUGGUUUAUUACAAGCUCGAGCUGCUAUUAAAGAUGCCAUCAAUGGCAAUCAAACACAAGAUCCAGAUUAUGUUCCAAUAGGUCCAAUGUAUUGGAAUGCUAAGGCAUUUCACAGGAGCUACUUAGAAAUGGAAAAACUGUUCAAAGUAUUCGUCUACGAAGAAGGGGAGAUCCCAGUUUUUCACAACGGACCUUGCAAAAGCAUAUACUCUAUGGAAGGGAACUUUAUUCAUGCUAUUGAAAUAAACGACCAAUUUCGAACGAGAGAUCCUGAAAAAGCACAUGUUUUUUUCCUUCCAUUCAGCGUGGUAAUGUUAGUCAGAUUUGUUUAUUUAAGAGAUUCUCGUGACUUUAGCCCUAUAAGAGAAACUGUGACGGAUUAUAUCAAUGUCAUUUCUGAAAAAUAUCCGUAUUGGAAUCGAAGUCUUGGAGCUGAUCAUUUCAUGCUAGCUUGCCAUGAUUGGGGGCCGGAGACUUCAUUCUCGGUACCAUACCUACAUGAGAACUCCAUUCGCGUACUAUGCAACGCCAACACCUCCGAAAAAUUCAACCCUGCAAAAGAUGUUUCAUUACCCGAAAUCAAUCUCCAAACAGGUUCGAUAAAUGGUUUUCUAGGUGGACCGUCAGCAUCUAAGCGUUCGGUUUUAGCUUUCUUUGCAGGAGGACUUCAUGGUUAUAUAAGAUCGAUACUUCUCGAACAUUGGGAAAACAACAAGGAUCAAGACAUCAUGGUUCAAAAGUAUCUUCCAAAGGGUGUUUCUUACUAUGAAAUGUUAAGGAAGAGCAAGUUCUGUCUCUGUCCAAGUGGUUACGAGGUGGCUAGUCCAAGAAUAGUCGAGGCAAUUUACACAGGUUGUGUUCCGGUACUUAUUUCAGAUCAUUACGUUCCUCCGUUUAGUGAUGUUUUGAAUUGGAAGUCUUUCUCGGUUGAGGUUUCGGUUGAAGAUAUUCCGAAGUUAAAGGAUAUUCUGAUGAGAAUAACUCCGACACAAUAUAUAAGAAUGCAGAGAAGAGUUGGACAGAUUAGGAGACAUUUUGAGGUACAUUCUCCACCAAAGAGAUUUGAUGUGUUUCAUAUGAUACUUCAUUCUGUUUGGCUUAGAAGAUUGAACUUUAGAGUCCAUGAUGAUCAAUAA